AUGUUACAUAUAUGUAGCUUGAUCGUGUUUUAUUUUGAAGGUUUGAGAGCGGAAGUGUAGUAUUUUACCACCUGAAUAGUAAUUUUGCUCCGUGCGCGUGAGAAAAGGAAGAAAAGAGGGUCGCUUAUAGUGAAGUGCUACUGGGUUGGAAGACGGGUUGAACGGUUAAAAUGGAGGCGGACAGAUCCGGCGGAGGACCAAACCCGAACUCCGGAGGCGGCAGCAGCAGCGGAGCGGGGCGCAACCCGAACGGGCCCAAAGCAGCACCGGGCCAGGCGACAUCAGCUGCGGCGACCGGGGCGAUGUCAGCAGCAACAGCGGCAGCGGCGGCGGCGGCAGCUGCAGCCGGUGCCAUGCCCGGAUCGUCGCAGACACGCGAGCUGCAGGACGGGGACUCGGGUAUGACGCUUCCUGGGAUCCUGCACUUCAUCCAGUACGAGUGGGGACGCUUUCAGGCCGAGAAAUACCGCUGGGAGGCUGAGAGAGACGAACUCAGGGCUCAGGUGGCAUUCCUACAGGGUGAGAGGAAAGGGCAGGAGAAUAUGAAACAGGACCUGGUGAGGCGGAUCAAAAUGCUGGAGUACGCCCUCAAACAGGAGAGGGCUAAGCACCAGAAGCUGAAGACAGGAAACGACCAGAGUCCCGGAGACAAGAAACCAGAGACAGAGGCAGACCAGCUUCCCAAUGGGCCAGCUGAGUCAGAUUCUGAGCCAGCCAAUCAGAUGUCCUGGAAGGAGGGACGUCAGCUACUACGCAAAUAUCUUGAGGAAGUGGGUUAUUCAGACACCAUCCUGGACAUGCGGUCUAAGCGCGUGCGCUCCCUGCUUGGGCGGAGCAGCCCAGAGGCUAACAGGCCUCCGCCCAGUGAAACCUGUCCCGAGCCUGAGCCCCGGGCAGGUGGAGAGUCGUUGUUGGUCAGACAGAUAGAGGAACAGAUCAAGAGCCAACAGAACAAGAUACACAAAAGAUGUCUAAAACGGAGGACAUCCUCCAUCAUGCAAACAUGGAACGCGGGCAAGGAAAGCUCUAAGGAACGUCUGGGUGGCUCUGUGCUCGAUAAGAUCCCCUUCCUGCGUGGCUGUGAGGAUGAUGAUGAAGACGACAGUGACGAGGAAGAUGACUUCCAAGGCAUGGCCACUGACUGCAUCGAUGGACCGCGCAAGAACAAGAAGUCUCGUGUAAAGAUGGGUUCGGAGCCCAUGACCACAGACCUGGACCCCGAGGACGAGGAGGACGAAGACGACUCGGAGGAUGCCCUCAGUGAAUUUGACUUCCUGGGCUCGGGGGAGGAUGGGGAGGGGGCGGGAGAGGCCCGGAUCUCGGGGGACGGACGGGAGUUAGAGAACCGCAGGAACAAGUUACAAGGCAUGAUGUCGGACUUCCCCCCUAAACCCACCCCGCCCCCCUCUGUAUCGGGACAGGCUCGCUCCGGGGAAGGUGGCGCCUUGGGUUUCUCCUCCGAUGUCUUCAUUAUGGAUGCCGUUGGAGGAGGGGACAUGAACCUGGGUGAACUGGCUGAUCUCACUGUUGCCAAUGACAACGAUCUCUCCAUGGAUAUGCAGGAUAACAGAGAGGAGUUUAAGAAGACAUGGAACCCUCGUUUCACACUACGCAGCCACUUUGAUGCCAUCCGUGCUUUGACCUUUCACCCCAGCCAAGCGGUGCUGCUCACAGCCUCUGAGGAUGGAACGCUAAAACUUUGGAACCUCAACAAGGCCAUGCACUCUAAAAAGAACGCAGCGUUGGAUGUUGAGCCCAUCUACACAUUUAGAGCACACAGUGGAGCCGUUCUGUCACUGACUAUGGGCGAGGACGGAGACUCCUGCUACAGUGGAGGUCUAGACGGAACUGUCAGAUGUUGGAAGAUGCCAGACCUCAACGUGGAUCCUUAUGAUAACUAUGAUCCUGGCAUCGAGAGCAGUGUACUAGCAGGCCACGAGGACAGUGUGUGGGGUCUAACUUACUCGGCAGUCCACCAUCGUCUUGCCUCGUGCUCAGCUGAUGGCACCAUCCGCAUCUGGGACCCUCAGAACUCGGCUCCCUGCCUGUCUGUCUUCAAUAAGGAGAGAGAGCACGGAACGCCCACCUCAGUGGCCUUUGUGGCCACCGACCCCAAUCAGGUGGUGGUGUCAUUUGACGGCGGUGAGACGCUGCUCUAUGACCUCAACACAGAGCAGAGCACCACUGCGCUAGAGACACAGACAAAGGAUGGCAGUGAGCUGAUCAACCGUGUUGUCAGUCACCCAUCUGAGCCCGUCUCCAUCACUGCACAUGAGAACCGCACCAUCCGCUUUCUAGACAAUAAGACAGGUAAAGUUGUCCACUCUAUGGUGGCUCACCUGGAUGCAGUCACCUGUCUUACUACAGACCCUAAAGGCACUUACCUCAUCUCUGGCAGCCACGACUGCUCGGUGCGCCUGUGGAUGCUGGACAACAGGACAUGCGUGCAGGAGAUCACGGCCCACAGGAAGAAGCACGACGAGGCCAUUCAUGACGUGGCCUUCCACCCGUCUCAGCCUUUCAUUGCCAGCGCUGGCGCAGAUGCACUUGCCAAGAUCUUUGUCUGACAGCACUGUCGUUAUUCUGAGUCCUACAAAAACAACUGGGCCAAAAGAGACUGAAGACUACAGUGGACAAAUUUCUCCUGCUUACACACACACACACACACACACGUUUGUUUCACUAUCCUCGUGGGGGACAGUCAUUGACAAAAUGCUUUCCCUAGCCCCUUACCCUAACCUUAACCUAAUUAACCUGUACCAUAAAGCAAGUCUUAACCCUCAAAAAGCAGUCUCUACCCAUGGGGAAAUCAAUUUUUGUCCCCACGGUGACACCAGUCCCCACGGGUCAGUGUGCAUUCAGGUUAAUGUCCCCACCGGGAUUGAAGAAGAACAUGAAACACACACACACUCACACUUGUCCUGCACCCCACAGACUGGGUCAUCGCCACAGGACGUCACCCCUCAAUCCCUCACUGUUCUCCGAUGCCUCAGUGACUUCUUGUAAUACUAACCACACUGCUUUUUUAUAUCCUGGCUCCUCCGUUUUCAAAAAAUCAUGUUUGGAGUAACACUUUUCUACACUACAAUAUUCUGUUCUGCUUUUUUUGGUCAGUCCUUACACCACGUGUGUGUUUGUGCGCUUGAACUGCUGACACACUGCACACAUUUCACAGAAAACCACCACGGAAAUGCUGACAUUGCACAGUACGUGCAAAUGCACCACCCCAUUUCAUCUGAGGUCUUUUAUUUAUUUUUUUUGUAGUUAACAAAUUGCUUGCGGCUAACAUACAUGUGUAGGCAUGACUAACAACAGUAACCUUCCCCAGUGUCUGCAGAAAACACCUGACCAACCUCUUCAUUGGGAAUCAAUGUAUUACAUUCCAAAGACUCCGGGUAGAGUGUGUGCGGUGUCGUAUUUGGGGUUGGAGAAUGUUAAACUUAACUGUGUGUGAUGUGAGGAGGCAUUAGAUAGCCGCUAACCAGUGUUGAACAAAUAGCUUUAAUUUCAACUGUAUGGCCAAGACACCAAGUCUCAUUGUACGUCUGAGUAUUAUAGCGUCCCCAUGAUUCUGCCUCUAUUUAUGUGUGCGUGUGUAUGCGUGAGAUUAAAAGUCACUCUGCUGUACAAUAUAAAUGAACAUGUUUCCACAAUAAUGAUCCAUUCCCACAGAUGUACAGAUUAAUCUCGACUCCGCAGACUGAUACUCUCACACCUCAUUAACCAGCUAAAGAUAGAUAUCAUGAGAGCACAGUUAAAGACUGUAGACUAAAGAGAUGUGAGGCCAGUCAACAAAUGACGCAGAUUGUGUUAUUUGGUGCUUUUUACUGUACAGAAGAGUGUGCACGCGUGUGUGUUUGUUUGUAUAUGCACUAGUUAAAUCAUGGUGCUAUGAAAGACCUUGUCAGUCUUGAGUCAGAAUCAGGGACCUGUUUUGUGUGUGUGUGUGUGUGUGUGUGUGUAUGUGUGUGUGUGUGUACACGUACGUACGUGUGAGAAAGAGAGACUGUGUUUCUCACUCAUCGGGCUAUAGAUCCACAUAGUGAAUUGACUUUUUAAAUGACAUUUCAUUGUUGAAUUAUUUCAUUAACUGUAGUCACAUUUCAGAAUUAACGGUCACUGUUAAUGUUUCUCAUUAGAGUGAUGUGAAUAAUGUUGCCUUGAUCGUUUCAGGAGUGUACAGAGCUGAUGGUAAUUAUAUUACAGUGAGGACCACCUGGACUGAAAAAAGUUUCCUCAGACGAGAGCUGUUCAGAUCGUCUUUUUCAUUUCACCUUGAAGUCGGUGCCGGUUUGCAGGCGGUGCUCGGCUCUGGCGUGUUGUUAUUUAUUCAGGCUUUCAAAAACAAGCUUGACAUUACCUUCACUUGUGUGUUGAGGUGAGGUCUUCCUCUUCUCGUUUGAUGUGCACCAGUCGCACAGUAGCACAUUACCCAGAAAGCGAAUGAUGUGAAGCUGCUCUCCUCUUUCUGAAGAGGCAUGCUGGGAGAAAUAGCUCCAGGGGAAAAUUCAAUUUUAAAUUCAGCCAUUUUUGUCAUUUCAGAAAGAAAGAGAAAGUAUUGAUUUAAGAUGUGUGGGUGUCCGUUGAUAUUAGCAACACGACUCCGCACCUAAUCUGUCUUGCCGAUAUGUUGUUGUUCUGCUAUUUUGAACAUAACCCGUAACAUUUGGCUUAGGUGGACACAUUGUUCCUUUGAGACACCUCACAUCUCUAUCUGUGUCUUGCAUUUAUACUGAUAACUGCUGGACACGUUUGUUUGCUUUAGGUAAAAGUUGCCCCUUUACAGCUGACUUGACUUCAAAUUACUUGACUGUUCAUUUUAUUUUACUAGCUUGAGAAGACUGAUACAAUCUGGUGUCAAAUCAGUAGGUUAAGGGGCAACCUCCACCUCUUCAAGAUUACAGGGUCACACUAGGGGUCAGAGGUCGGAUCUAAGGGUUCAAAGUAGCCUCGAGGUAAACACUCCUUUCCUAAUCACUGUGGAGACUAGCAUUCCAAUUUCUUUUUUCCUGAAACAGGACAAAAAGAGCAACGGGGUGCAACUACAUUAUUGUACUGCUGCUGGGCAUAACGUCCUGUUAUGUCAUUACUAUUUGGCUCCACUUUGCACUACAUCUAAUAGUGGAUGCUUUUGUUGAGGAGUGGUUACAGACAGGGACGGUGCAGAAAUAAUGUUUUGCAGGUAUUUCUUAUACAAUCUGGAGUAAAUACUACAAGGGGUUGAACCUGCUGCGGCUCUGUUAUUUGAUAGUGAGAGUUACUGAUGGCCAACUGAUGCUUACUUUUCACUCUGAGCUGCUAUGUCCCCUCUCUGAGAAUAAAGACAAAUCGGUAUGACACAUCAAAAAAAAGAAAUCGAAACAGAGGUUGUAAAUGAUGACUGGAGAUGCCAUUUUGUGCUGUAAAUGUCCAUCAUUUCCUUGUUUUCUUUCUUGCAUUUCUUUUCUUUGAGUAUGAAUAUGAUUAUUAAGAUGUAAGAAUACUAUAGUAUCAUAAGUGAAUCAUUCUUCCUUGCUAGGCAUAGAACUUGCUUGUGAUUGAUAAUGGCAAUGUAUAACUUGUAAAAAAGCAAAAUGAUUAAAAAACAUGAAAAAUUAGUAAAAAAAAAAAAAAAAAUCUGUUACCAGUCAGAGGCCAAGGUAAAGGACUCUCAUUUCUUUGUGUUUUUAUUUUUUUAUCAGCAAUUUAUCACUGUGUGAUAUUUUGUACAUCAUAUUAAGCUGUAUUCAAACUAUUUCCUCUAACUACAAGGGAUAAGAGACCUGCUUUUUAUUAAUUUUGUUUUAUUAUAUAUUUUUGAACUGCAUUCUAGCUUGUAUCAAAUGACUCUUUUUGUUUACGGGUCCCCUGUUGUAUGUCAUUAAGGAAGAAAAAAACAAAAAAUGAAGAUUUUGUACAGUGAAUUGA